AUGGAGUCUCCUAUGGGGCAAGAGAGCCUUGCUUUGCCUACCACUCCCAAUUCAUCGGAAGAGUGGUCCCGAAGAUCAAAUCGGAUCCGCGUUACGCGUGCCUGCGACCGCUGCAAGAAACGAAAAGUACGGUGUUCUGGCCGUCAGCCAUGCCAGGUAUGUGUUUUGGCAUCCGCGACUUGCUCCUACAACGCGUCGUACACCAGAGGGAGACGCCCAGCUACUCGAGUCACGCAAGUUGGUGCUUCGGCUGAAAUAGCCGCAAAUCCACAAACCUUCCAUGGUGAGAGCCACAGGAAUAAAGUCAAUAAUCGGAUGAACGGCACGACCAUCCGCAAUCCAGAGGGGCUUGAACAACCACAGGGUUCAGUUGCUCAACAAGACGAAUCCAUGCCGCUGACUGAGCCCAUCUCUCGCGCUUCACCUCAGCCGACACAGAUUGAUCUUCAGGGUCACUAUGUAGGCCCUUCAUCCGGUAUCUCAUUUCUCUCUCGAGUUCAGGCACGGCUCGACCAGUCGGUGUCCUUUCCUCGUGGUUUAUCUGCUUUCAAUUUCGGUGACGCCCCAUUGCUUAAUCAUGACGCCGGCUUGAAUCCUGGGGACAUUCCUUCAACAUAUCUUGACCCAACGUUCCCCUUGCUACUUAACCGGGAUGAUACUUCCCGCCUUGUCCAGAGAUAUUUCGACUUCGCAGUCCCUGUGGACCGAUUCUUGCAUCGACCAACUAUUGAAAAAUGGUACAAUGAGUUCUAUGAGACCCAUGGCGUGAUGUACGAUAAAAGCUCUGCGCCCACACAGACAGCUGUGCUCUUCAUGAUAUUUGCUAUCUCGCAGGAGCAUACAGUUCCGAAGUCACCGUCAGUAGGAGCCGAAAUGAGUGUCCGAUACUUCCGAGCAGCAAGCCACCAACUCUCCAAGGAGCAGGGCUCAGUGCGACUCGCAAGUAUCCAAGUACGUCUUUGCCAGUGCCUUUGGUUCUUAUCACAAUCACGGAUCAACCAUUGUUGGAGUCUGUUCGGAACCAUCGCUCGGCUUAUCUUUGCUCUUGGCCUGCAUCGAAAUCGACAUGCCUUCUCCAACUCCAUGACCCAAGUCGAGAUUGAGUGCCGCCGCCGGACGUUUUGGAGUGCAUAUAGCCUCGACAAUUACCUCAGUAUGGCGCUUGGAAGACCGCGGACUUUCAAUGAUAAGGACAUCGAUCAAGAGCUUCCCUCUUGUGUAGAUGAUGACGACGUUCAUGGCAACAUCGACAGAUCUGCUCCGUCGUGUGGAAGAGGGCUUUCUGUCAUGUUUGGCCCAAUUAACUACGCAAGAUUGUGCCGAGUAUUGAGUGGCAUUCUGGGUGACGUCUACUCUAUUCAGCCUAUGUCCAUAACCGAGCGCUUAGCCCAUACAAAAAAGUACAUGAAAGACCUCAAAGCCUGGCGUAUGGACAUGUAUGGCUUUCUCGACCAAGCUAGUUCAAACGCUGCGCCAGUAGUCUUGAUUUACCAGCGACAGCAGAACGUCCUCAAUCUUGCAUACUGGCAUACCAUAAUUCUUACGAACCGUCCACUACUACUAACAAAUUUCGCAAGGCUAACGAAUAGCACGCGGAGAUGGGACGAGGGGGGACAGGAGCGAAAAGCACAUAUUGAAGAGCGCAUAUCUGAUUGUCUCCAUGCUGCAAUGGAAAUUACUGGCAUAGUUGACAUGAUGACCCAAGCAAAGCAGCUCCUCCGCGCUUUCUGGUUUACUCCCUACUUUGCCUUCUCCGCUUCUGUCAUCUUAUAUGUCUACACCAUUCAACAUAGCAAGGAGUCAGAUGAUGUAUAUCGGUCGUAUUUCUCCGCCGCAGAGCGUUGUCAGCAUCAGAUCGCAGACGUAGCCGAAGAAGGAUCUUUGACUUCUCGGUAUUGUGUCGUCUUAGAAGAGCUCCGUGCCGAGGCUGUGCGGCAAAUAUCCCCGGUUGAGACUUCCGAGCACCCGUCCACACAGGUUUACCCUACCAUGGACACGAGGGGUAGAGAUAUUGAUACAUUCGCCACAAAUAUUGGGGAUAUGUCAGCGGAAUUCGCGAUAUCAUCCCCGGACGUUGCAGCAAUGGGUCCGCUGGAGGAUUUGCACGUCAGUCCUGGCGAUUCCCUUGAGGAUCUGACAGGCUGGGGUAAUUUUGACUCGAUGGUUGUGUCUGGCUUCAAUAGCGUGUACCAUUUCAACUAA